UUCGUAUUUUAAGGCUUUUAUUAAAUUGUUACCGACUGAGUAAAAUAAUGUCUGCAUCGUUCUUGUAAGAAAAAGAAUGUAGUACUGAAUCCAUCUUCGGGCGGCGCUAUCCGACUUUAGUUUAGAGUGGUGUCACAUUUUCCAUGAGAACUACUCAUCUAACUUACUUGAUUUCAUUGUCAAAAAUAAUCCAGGUUUUUAAACCAGAGACUGUUUUAAACAUUGUUAAACAUUUUUAGAAGACACGUACGUUUUACUAUUUUAAACGGUAACAUUUCUAUUUAGCUAUUUUAUCGAUAUUUUAUAUAUAUAUUAAUGCAAAAAUGGGUAAAACGUCUAAAGAUAAAAGGGACAUUUACUACAGACGAGCUAAAGAAGAAGGCUGGAGAGCUAGAAGUGCAUUUAAACUUAUUCAAAUUGACGAGGAGUUCCACAUAUUUGAAGGUGUAACUAAGGCAGUCGAUCUGUGUGCCGCUCCAGGCAGUUGGAGCCAAGUUUUAUCCCGUAGAUUGAAUAAAGCAUUACAGGAUGAUACUUCAACGCAGCAGAAGGAGCCUGCUAAAAUCAUUGCCAUCGAUCUACAGGCAAUGGCCCCGGUGGAAGGAGUUAUACAAUUACAGGGCGAUAUAACUAAUGUAGUUACCGCAAAGAAAAUUGUUAGCUACUUUGGGAAUACACAUGCAGAUUUAGUGGUUUGCGAUGGUGCACCAGAUGUUACAGGGCUCCAUGAUAUGGAUAUAUAUAUUCAAUCGCAGCUUCUUCUAGCAGCUUUAAAUAUUACUACACAUAUAUUAAAACCUGGUGGCACAUUCGUGGCAAAAAUUUUUCGAGGAGAUGAUUUAUCCCUUCUGUACUCUCAGUUAAAAAUAUUUUUCACUUUUGUAUAUUGCGCAAAGCCAAGAAGUUCAAGGAAUUCAAGUAUCGAAGCAUUUGUCGUGUGCAAGGAUUAUUUUCCACCAGAAGGUUACGAACCACACAUGCUGAAUCCACUCCUGACUCACAAACCUUAUGAUGUAGCGGAGCUAACUGGGAUUAAUAGAUCCUUUGUUCCUUUUGUUGUCUGCGGAGAUCUUUCUCAACCUGAUUCUGACACUUGCUACCCACUGAAUCUUGGCAAUGAAGAAUAUGAACAUCGUGAACCAAAUAUGCAGCCAAUACAUCCGCCGUACGAAGAAGCAAUUGCUUUACAGGAAAAAGUAGACUUAAAGAAACUCACCACCAGUGUAGUAAUUCAGAAUGACCCAAAAGUGUCGAUUGCAGAGUUUAAAAGAAAAUCUAUUCAACACAAGGUUAAACUCGGAAACUGUCAUAACGAAAAAUGUGAAACGAGUGCAGAAAACUCCAUGGCUCUCUCGGGAGAUACAGUGACAGAAUCUUUAGCUAAUCUAUUUGUAUCCGACAAUCCUAGUUAAUACUGUUCAUCAAAAUUAAUAAUAACAAUCAUUUAAGAAAUUUGUAUAAAUUCUAAUAUUUCUACCUUUUAUCUUGCAAUAUCUUUUCUUAAUAAUAGAAUACAUCCGAAGUCGUACGAUA